ACAGAGUCCGAGAGCAGGGUCGGUGGACAUGGUCGGUCGCUUGUUCCCGGCUCUGGUAUGUGCGGCGGCGGCGGCGGCGGCGGCGGCGGCGGCGGCGGGGGUGGCGGGGGCCCCCAACUGCACUGUGGCCGCCAUCGAGCAGUUCCCGCGGCCCCUCAUGAGCCCCGAACUCCGCAAGCAGGGAGGCAUCGUGGUGCAUGUGCUUGCCGCUCUCUACAUGUUCGCGGCGCUGUCCAUAAUCUGCGAGGACUACUUCGUGCCUUCACUGGAGGUCAUCUGCGACGUGCUGCACGUGGACCCGGACGUGGCUGGAGCGACGUUCAUGGCGGCGGCCAGCUCGGUUCCCGCCAUAGCCGCCUCUAUCAUCGCCAUCAUGGUGGCCAAGGGUGAAAUGGGUGUAAGCACAGCACUCGGCUCGGCCGUGCUGAACGCCGCUGGCGUCAUCAGUGUCAGCGCACUUUUUGCUGGAAAGGUGGUGGUGCUGCACCGCUGGCCAAUGUAUCGUGACAGCGUGUUCUUCUUCGCAAGCGUCGUUAUUCUCUUGGCUGCUCUGCAGGACGAAGCCAUCAGCCGAAUGGAGUCUAUUCUAUUGCUGGCUGCGUACUUGGUGUAUGCGGUGUUCAUGUGCUUCGACAGCAAAGCCGAAGCGUUCUUCCUGCGACACCUGGCUUUCCUGCGCGACGAGCCCCCAGCAUCCAGUCCGGCGCAGGCUGAGCCAGCGCCACCGGUGUCCCGCCGUGCCAGCCGCGGCCUCGUGCUCACCACGCUCAACAGCGGGGCAUCGGCAGCGCCUCGAGCGCGCAGCCUGGAUGCGCAGAGCGCCAGGCCGCCGCCGCCGCCGCCGCGACGUAGCCUCGCGCUGGACCCGAACCGGCGACGCCUGUCGCUCAUAUCGCUGCGCAGCCGAAGUGGCAACUGUGAUCAGCGGGAGACCGAAAGCAAGGGGGUUCCGGACGCCCAAGGUGAGCAUGUGGCCGCGCUGGAGGAGAUGGCACGCCGAGCAAGCCCACUGGCCUCCUCGGCGCUGGCGCCCCCGCGUGGAGGCUUCCCGCGGCUGCUGUGGCUUGUGCUGUUGCCGCUCAACACGCUGCUGUUCUUGACAGUGCCAGACUGCAAGCGUAACCGCUGGCGCAACUGGUUCCCGCUCACCUUCCUCAUGAGCACCGUGCACAUCUCGGUCUUCUCGUACUUGCUCGUCUGGAUAAUCACCAUCAUAGGAUUCACUCUGGACGUGCCGGAUACCGUGAUGGGGCUGACGUUCCUGUCCAUCGGAGUGACACUUCCCGACGUGGUGGCCAGCCUGUUGGUGGUGCGCAGGGGAUUCGGGGAUAUGGCGGUGUGCAACGCGCUUGGAAGCAACAUCUUCGAGAUUCUGGUGGGGCUCGGCCUUCCCUGGUUUAUCAAGACCGUUCUGCUGACUCCUGGGACCCCGGCCGUCGUGCAAGGGAAAGGUUUGGCCUACUCGACCGCCUGCCUGCUGUCGACCGUUGUGUUUCUGCUGCUGCUGACGCAUUUGAACAAAUGGCGCAUGAACAAGACCUACGGCGCCAUUCUGAUGGGCUGGUACCUGAUCUUUAUGGUGGUAGCCUGCCUCCACGAGCUCAACAUCUUCGAAUACGUCAAUCCUCCUUCUUGCGAUAGUGAUUACUGAGUAACUACGCAACAGUGUAGUGCUGGACGCUAAAGUCUGCCCUGUUUAACAAACACCUGCCAGGUAACGUUUGCGCGUCACGCACCAUGGCGUCAGACGCUUGGCGGGUGCUUUUUUUUUUUUUUUUUGCACAGCAUGACUCUCAUUGCGAGCCACGGUCUUGUCACGUGAUGGGUAGGCCUGAAACAUACCUAUAGUUGGGUACAACUUAGGAAGGCAGGAGAGGUCCCGCCCAGAUGACCGAAGCGCAGCAGCCGAUUGCCUCAGUGACUAAAUAAAUAGUCCCGCUGACGCGACUGGGCCCAGUUCUAAGCGCGGGCUGCCAUGUUCUCCGCCGGCGGGGUCACCGGCCGUCCGGCUCACGACGUAAGUCUAGAGUGUGCGCCCAUUGGUGGAGGUUCGUGUGCAGCCGCCUUUGAGGGGCAAAUGCCGCUGCCUUCUAAAGUUGUACCCGACUAUAGGAGGUGUUAGUUUAACGCGUCAGCAUGGAAGCAUGGCUCGCGAAACUUGAACACCACUUGAAAUCAAAAGCGGCGGCGACACUCUACCACCAAAGGCGUGAAUAAAGUGCACCCUCCUAA